UGCAGGUCUGAAAGAGAGUUUGGCGCGUGGCUUGUGCGUGAGAGCGACUGGUUUGAAGGAGGGGUUGUGUUUAUAGAGACUGUGUGUGUGUGUGUGUGUGUGUGUGUGUGUGUGUGUGUGUGUGUGUGUGUGUGUGUGUGUUUACACAGACGGGAAUACUGCGCCAAAGGAAGUGCGCCGGUUCUCCGUCUGCGCGUCCCGACUUCCUGCUCUGAGGCAGGAGAGAGAAAAGCUGCGGAUCCGCUUUCAGACAGCAGCAGCAGCAGCAUGGAACCCCAACAUAACACUUACACACCGCUAUAAGACGCAAACACACUCAUCACACACGGGCAGACGGGCAGAGGAGCAGCGGCCGUCCUCAGCAGGAUUGCCUGUGUCUCUGGUGUCAUCCUGUCAUGGAGAGUUCCAUCACACUCUGGCAGUUCCUGCUGCAGCUGCUGCUCGACCAAAGCCACAAACAUCUCAUCUGCUGGACGUCCAACGAUGGCGAGUUCAAGCUGCUUAAGUCAGAAGAUGUGGCCAAGCUAUGGGGGCUGCGCAAGAACAAGACCAACAUGAACUAUGACAAGCUGAGCAGAGCCCUGCGCUACUACUAUGACAAGAACAUCAUCAAGAAGGUGAUCGGCCAGAAGUUUGUCUACAAGUUUGUGUCAUUCCCUGAGAUUCUGAAGAUGGACCCUGCGGUGGUGGAGUCGGGCCGCGGCGGUGAGGAAAGCGGGGGUAUGACAUCAGAGCCUGAGGCUGAAGAUGAGGAGGGGGGUGGGAGAAACCAGUACCUCCACUCUGGCCUGUACUCCUCCUUCACCGUCAGCUCUCUGCAGCACUCAUUAGAGCCACACCGGCAGAUCAAGACGGAGCCCAGAUCCGAACGCCACGGCGACAGCUCCUCUGUCAUCCGAUUCGUCACAAACCGUGGCCAUUCCUCCCUCCCCUCCACCCCACCCCCAUCUUCGACUGAGGCCUCCCAUACCUCCAGACCGUCUCCUCGGCAGGCCCGCUCUUCCUCUUGCUCCUCCUCACCGCCACAAAGCCCCACCCACACACGAUGGAGGGGGCGGAGUCAGAGCACAGAGACUAAUGAGUUAGAGCAGAACGCUCAACCUCUAAACCUGUCAUCUGGUCAUAGGGAGAGAGAGAGGUCAAAGGGCAUGACAAUGCCAGAGCGGAGGGGAUUGGCUAAUAGCGGGCCUUUAAAAAACAGAAAACCCAAAGGCUUGGAAAUCUCCGCCUCCUCUCUCCUCCUCACAGGAAGUGACCUUGUCUCCAUUGCUCUCAAUAGCCCGGCGCUGCCCUCAGGCUCCCUGACUCCUUUCGUCACCACACAGACUCCGUCUGGUCUGCUGCUCACUCCCAGUCCUCUACUCUCCAAUAUCCAUUUCUGGUCCAACCUGAGUCCAGUGGGACCCCUCAGUCCUGCACAACUGCAGAGCCAUGCCCCGCUUUUUCAGUUCCCCUCACUGCUGAAUGGACACAUCCCUGUACCUUUACCCAGCGUGGACGCUUCCUCUCCUCUGCUGCUCUCCUCCAGCUCCCACAAGUCCUGAUGCCAGCCAGAACACCAAGAGCAAAUCGGGCCAACUUGGGCUGAAUUGGGCCAGAUAAGCACAUAUCGGGACCAAGCCAAACAGCUCUAAACUCUGACGAUGAACCACACAGGAGUCAAACUUCCUCUGAGUCCAAAUACAUUUUGAUCCAAAGCCUGUUGCUUUGCAUUUAUUAAAUGAAGAAACAGGAGCUUCACUCUGAAGCUUUGCUCUCUGAGAAGAGCAUCUGCGUUAGACAUUUCUUUGUGUUUACUACAGUUCGACUGCUCAUGUUCUUUACAUUUGCGUUUGGUGUUUUUUUUUUUUUUUUUUCAUGCAAAGGAAUUGGCUGGCGGUCAGACAGACCUUAUCACAUUUCUCAUCUCAUUUUAUAUCUCAUCUCACUCAUCUUGGUCUAAACUUGAGCAAUACAGACUGGUUGCAAUUUCAUGACUCCCUACCCUGACUAAUGUCAGUAUCCACCACUCAAACAAUAAAAAUCUUGGGAAAUCUUUACCAGGAAUUAUGGUAAACCAAACCUUAGCAAUGACAGAUGCCUCACUUUAAUAGAUGUAAAUACAGCUCCUUUAAGGGAGUAAAUGUUCAUCAUGCUACUAUACUGUUACAUGAAAAAUACUUGUUUUUUUGCUUUUCUACCAAGAGUUAGUUUUAGAUGAGAAGACUGAUACCACUCGUGCUUGUGUGCUUAAAAUAAAGCUACUGCCAGGAGAUGGUUAGCUUAGCUUAGCAUAAAGACUGGAAACAUGGAAACCGUUUGCCUUGCUCUGUCCAAAGGUGACCAAACCUAACUGCCAGCAGCUAUAAGCUCACUAAUAACCACACUAUCUGUAUGAAAAACAAAAAUGGAAAAACAACAAUUUACAAUUUGUAGUUUUAUGGUUGGAAUAAGGGUUGACUCCAGGAGGUCACCUCUACCCAACCAAAAGCAGUUUUGCACAUAACCUCCAAAAUAUGUUGUUUUUACAGGGGUUUUUUUUUUGGAUGGAUUAAACAACCACCAAUGAUUUCAUCAGUAGCCUCUUAGUGAACUUUAGAGGUAGAGGCAGACUUUAGGUGUUUCUCAAUACCAAAUACACCAAGUUUGGACUUGGCGUACUUGGGAGUUCGGACUUGGCAAGUUCAACUCGGGAGUACAGACUCCCAAGGACGGCUGCCAUUGCCGCUGGUCUGUGAGAAAUGCAUUCUGGGAUACCUGGCUGUCAAAAGUCCACGCAAGUCACCUCCUGAUGCAUCCCCGAUGGAACGGGCAGAGCAAGUUCACAUCCGGGCAUUUGGACUGUACUUGGCUGGAUGCGGAUUUUGAAUUGAAACAGUACUUGGGCUGUGACUGAUGACAUUUCACACGUCCUCAAGCACACAAGUACAGGCAAGAACGCAGACUGAGAAACGCUGUUAAUUUGGGAAAGAGCCAAGCUAGCUGUUUCAAGUCUUUAUGCUAAGCUAACCAGCUGCUGGCUGUAGCUACAUAUCUAAAACAUAAAGCUGCUUUCACCCCGCCUAUCUGCAAGCACGUUCCCCCAAAAUCAUAAGUGUUUUUAAAAGUGGAUGAUGCAGCUACGGUCCAUAACUGCGAUAACAAGUGCUUCACUAAACACUGGCAGAAGUGCAAGCUAGCUUGUAGCUGCGUGCCGUAGCAAGACAGCAGAAAUCACUGAAAUUACCAAAGAUUUCUACACAUUUGGACAGUUUAUCAUCAUUCACUACUGCAUCUUAUCUUCUGUUUUGUGAUGCCCGCUAUUUAGUUGGCCAAAGCCAGGUGGCAUAAGUUUUACACGGUAAAUUUAGCGCAGCAGAGCAAAAUCUGUGCACAUGCGUGUAGGCGGCAACUACUUAAUAUUCCUAUCGCCAUGUUGGAAAUGGCUUCCCCUCUGCCACGUUUCCCUCACUGAAAUGACUGGGGGCAAUAAGUUACGAAGCAGCAGUGUACAAGCAGCUUAAGAGAGGUAUAAAUUUUCUCAUCUUACUCUUGGUAAGAAAUUAUAUUUCCCAAAAUGUCAAAUUGUUCCUUGCUGUAUGAUAAAAUGGGACUAUAAGUGGACGAUUAAAUGCUAUAGGCUACACAGGCCAGUAACUUAGCAUUACAGAUAGCAAGUAGCAGGUGUCUGUAUUUUUUCCCUGUGUUAAGCCUUUCUUUAAAUAGACCAAAUCUUAAAAUGUAAACAAUUUUGGUCAACCAAUUGCUCAUUUAUAAACCUUUUUGAGGAUGUAAAAACAAAGUGCGAGUGACAGUGAUCAUUUUUACUUAAAAAAAAAAAACAAAAAAAACUUGGUUUACAUUUGUCGUUCAGAUCUGGAUUGUGGCCACAUGA